AUGCACUCGAGACAGCCCUCUAUUGCUUCGUCGAUGGCCCACAAUCAUCCUGCCCAAGUGGGGCCGUGGAAACUAGGAAAAACUUUGGGCAGAGGCGCCACAGGAAGGGUGCUUUUGGCCACUCAUCAGAGCACGGGUCAAAAAGCCGCCGUGAAAGUGGUGUCGAAAUCCGAAUUGCAAGACGACGAUGCCCCUGCAAAGCUGUCAGAUGACGCUGGACUUCCGUACGGAAUUGAGCGAGAAAUUAUCAUUAUGAAACUUCUCACCCAUCCUAAUGUAUUGAGACUCUACGACGUGUGGGAAACCUCCAAAGCUCUUUAUUUGGUGCUUGAAUACGUGGAGGGAGGUGAACUCUUUGACCUUCUUGUGGAACGAGGACCGCUUCAAGAGCAGGAGGCAAUCAAGUACUUUCGUCAAAUCAUCUUGGGAACAGCAUACUGCCACGCAUUGGGCAUUUGUCAUCGUGACUUGAAGCCGGAAAACUUGCUUUUGGAUGGUAAUCUUAACGUAAAGUUGGCUGAUUUUGGUAUGGCUGCCCUUGAAAGUAACGACAAGUUGCUCGAAACGUCUUGUGGUUCGCCGCAUUAUGCUGCUCCAGAAAUCGUGUCGGGCUUAAAGUACCACGGGUCUGGUUCCGAUAUCUGGUCUUGUGGUGUCAUAUUAUUUGCAUUGUUAACGGGAAGAUUACCGUUUGAUGACGAAAAUAUCCGCAACUUGUUGUUGAAGGUACAGGCCGGUAGCUUCGAAAUGCCAUACGAAAUCAGCGUCGAGGCUCAGGACUUAAUUGCAAAAAUGUUGACGGUAGACCCAGAAAAGAGAAUCAAAACCGGAAACAUCUUAUCGCAUCCUCUCUUAACAAAGUACCCAAUUCCCAGCGAAGAUUUGAUCAGUGUCAAAUCUUUGCCCCACCCAGAAACAGCCUACAAAUCAUUGGGAUCGGUAGCCAACAUCGAUAAGCAAAUUCUCCAAAACUUGUCCAUUUUGUGGCAUGAUAGACCAAAAGAGCAAAUCAUUCGUAGUCUUCUCACUGAAGGCUCUAAUCCUGAAAAGACAUUCUAUGCUUUGCUCAUGAGGUACUCACACAAUCAACAGGAGGCUUCGUUCAUGUCUCCAAGAAUGAAUAGAAGAAGUAUUCAUCGCUCAAACUCCAUCAAAGGUACUCCCAGAAAAAAGAGAGCUAGUCAGGUUAGUGCUUCGACAUCUCGUAACAGGCCGGUACUGUUCCAAUAUAAGAAUGGUGUUCGCGGUUCAAGGUUAUCGGCCGCUUCCAGUGUCAACAAUUCUCCAAGAAAAGCGUCUCCAAGAAAAUUGUCUCCAAGAAAAUCUCCAAUUAGGUCUCCAAGAAAGUGUCGUCCUCAACAAGACAAUAACACUCCUCCCCCCGCUAUUCCCAGAAACAUUUACGAUGAGAUCGUCACCGCUCAACGUGAUGGGUCAAUGGCUUCAAUGCCACCUUCUCUUCCAUCGAAGGAUAGUAUUCAUAGAAACAGCCAGGGCUCUAAAAAUCCUGUUGUUGACGAGUACGGUGCCGAUCAUUUAAUGGCUUCAGCCAGUGUCGAUUCGCCUACAAAGUCGAAAAGACUAUCUGGAAUUCCCAAGAGCAAUUCGAAAAAUAGGUUGUCGAGGCGAAAAUCGCUUAGAGCUUCCAUAUCCAAUGGGUUAAAGCGUAACUCAAUAACCAUGAAGCUUCUUUCGACCUACACAAAGCUUUCUGCCGAGACAGAAUGGGAAUAUAUGGACAAGCAAACGAAGAGAACGUCCGCCACUUUCGCAAGUCUUUGUGACAAGAUCUUCAACCAAGAGACUUAUGACGAGGACGAUGAAAACUUGAUUGACGAAGAAGAACGCCAGGCAAGAGAGUACGAACGGUUGAUGGAAAUCGAACGUAAAAAGCAUGAGGCUGAAAUCAAGGCCAGGAAAGAACUUGACAAACAGAGGAGACGACUGAAGCGAAAGUCGUUGAUGUCUUCCAAAAAGCUUGCCAUCUUAAUCAAAGACGACAGCAAUAACAGUGAACAAGACAUUACUUCGGAACCAUUAUCUCAACCCAAGAGAGGAACUUUGAGGUCCAUCUCCGAGGGCGGCGCUGUAACUAAAUCUGAUGAUUUGACUGCUGAGGAACUUGAAAAGAUCAAGAAGAGAUCAGUCACCCAGCCAACCCCACGAGCACGAAAAAAUCCAGUAUUAACCAGGCGUCCCGUUUCGAGAUUGGAUCCUUUGUGGAUAGCACAUGAAAAUGACGAGUUGAACCGAGCACAAGAAGCUUUGGAAGCAGAAUACCGCGAUGCUGACUUGAAGACGAAAAAGAAAAUUAAUAGAGAGUCUAUGGUUUCAGUUAUGGACGGUUAUGGAAAUGGAACUGAAAGGCGUCCAAGUCGUAACAGCUACUACGCAAGAGAAGAAGACUAUGAAUUACCCGAGCAUCAAUUGGAGGCGACAGAUUUAAGUCAAGAGUAUCUUUCUGAAAUUAGAAAAUCGAGACUACUCAAUUCAAAGCUUAAUAUUAACGGGAUGCUCGAAGAAAAACCGCUGAAGGAUAAGCGCAAGAGUACUCAAGAGGCAAAGUCAUUGAUUGCCGAUGUCAAGAUUCCAAACGUAACAAGAAAGUCUCGCAACUUCACCGAAUCUAAUAAGCGGCUCUCAGUAAUGACCAUCAGAUCUACGAGGGAGUCAUACCACGAUUUGAAGAAUGUUCUUGAAGGAGGUGACGAAGAAGCCAGCAAGAUGCCACACAUGAGGACAAGUUUUGCCGAUCGGUUGAACCGUGCUGGACUUCCUGAAACCGGUGAAGAAGAGGAAGAGCCUUUAGAUGAGGGCUCGAUAAUGGAUUUCGAUGAACACCUUGCCAACAAGCGUUCUUCGUACUAUGCUGGAGACUUGAAUUCCAAACGAUACUCCAAGUAUUCUUCUGGAAAACCUUCCUCUGAUCGUCCCAAUUCCCAAUUACCCACGUUACCAAACCCAACGGUUCGGGGCGAUGAUUAUGACGAUACAUUUGUUACUAAGAAUGAUGAAGUUCGAGUGAAGCGCAAAUCUGCGUAUAGUGGAGAUGACUUGGACGGUGAAGCUGGAGGGGAUAAUCCCGACGAGGAUGUUGAGUUGUUUGAUCAUAUCAAGUUACCAACCGAGAAGGACAACAAAGAGCCCAAGAGAGUAAGCAAAGAGUCAAGGACAAAGUCGAUGAGACCUAGUGCUUCAACUAUGCUUAUUCCAGAUUUUGACGGUGCUCCCCAAAAGCCCCAACCCUACGCCAAGGUUCGUCAGCCCAAGCCUGAACCUCCAACCGAACCCAAGAAGCCAUUGGUAGACACAACCAACAAACCUGAUCCUGCUCCUGGUAAGAGAAGCCGGUCUAUUUUCCGCAAGUUGUCGUGGGGAUCAAAGAAGACAUUGGAAGAACCUCCAAAAACUAGUCAUUUACCUUCACCUGCUGACUCUAGAGAAGCAUCAAUGGAUGAGAAGCCCAAGAGCAAUGGAUUUUUCAGGUGGUUAUCGAGCAGUCAUCAAGAAGACAAUGUACCUAUGCAGAACAAGCGUUUCAAUACUGUUUUGCCCAAGCAGGAAAUGUCUGGUGCACUUUUUGCGCUUUUGCAAUCUUGGUCUAACUUUGGAUUGAAGGAUUUGAGAAAUGACACUGUUGGGUACUAUAUCACGGGAGCGAUUUCCAAGAACAAUUCGUUUGACAUGAAGAGUUGCAAGUUCCGCAUCAAGAUAAGUCCUCGAGAGUACAACCAAAAAUCGACCAUUGUGUGUGCGUAUGUGAAGGGCUCCAAGACCACGGCCAAUACAUUGUUCAAGGAGAUCGAAAAGGUGUUGGUGAAGGAGGGAGUGAUGGAUAAGUAG